CCAUCACUUGGCGACAAUUAGCCGACUGAUGGUACCCCUCAGUAUCUCGUGGCACUACUUGUUUGUAUCACUACUCUGUGAAUGAAAGUGUCCCGUCACUCAUUCUGCAGUGUGCCUCCGCCCCCGCAUUUGCCGCCCUGCGCGUGCUCACUCAUUCAUUGGCUGGAGGAAGCACACGAGCUCCGGUUUUUGUCAUAUUAAUUGUUAAAGGCGAAAUAAAGAUGUUGAAAUGACAUAAAAAUAAACAGAGGCUUGAGUCAGAGCCAAGCGUUAACAGCUGACCGUUUGUAUAAAAGACGGGCGACUAUAGGCAACUGCAGACAUCACGACAAACAUACAGACGCGCAGACAUGGAUUUGAUUCAAGUGAUUUGCGUAUUUCUACUCAGCCUGAUCUGCACGUGCAGGGGAAGGGCGUGGCCGUAUGCUGACCGGAUCAACUUCGUAGGGCCGGACCCAGCCGAGCAACUGCCAAGGUGCCCCCGUGAGAACAAGCCCUGUAAGGUGUUGGUGCGGGAAUACUAUGGCAACGGGACAUUGAAGCAGGAGACACGUAGCGGCAGCAUGUGUAUGUGUGAAGGCGGCAUGUGCCCGACAGAGUGGGACCAAAACCCGGAACGAUCCGUCACUAGAUUCCUCCACACACCUCGUGGCUCGGAAACCACCUUGCAGCUCAAGUUCUGUCAGACUGUCCACGCCGAGCGAAUUUGUCACCCCCACGAAGUGGCACUGUCGCUGAAGGGUAGAUCCAUUCUGCCACAGGAAGUGACGUCAAUCAACUGCAGGUGUUCCGACAACCGGCCUCUGCAUCUUCAGAGUGUGUUGCUCUAUGAGCACACUUACGAAAGGCAUCAGAACUUUGUAUGUUCUAUGCCGGACUGUGCCCAUCCCCCGCGAGGCAGCGCCACCUGUCAGCUAAAUUUCCAGAACUCCACACGACGUGAGAACCGGCUGUUGUGUAAGUGCCCGGGCAACAAGCAAUGCCGGAGUUCCUCACAGAGCAGCCACGGAGCAGAGUACACGUUUGGGUACUGCACGGACUUGAGGGCGGUGUGAGAGUCACGGCAGAGAUGACCACGUUGCCAUGAUGUGUCCAGGCAAAUAUACUCGGGUACUUAUGCUGGUGUAUACAUAGCUUUUCGCCCUGACGGAUGAACUGUUUUAGUAUUCGUUGUAUAAUAUUUAUUAUCAUUAUUAUGUCAUUGUACGUCACCGCCUGAGGUUUGUCAGUGGAAACCUACAGCACCUGAUAUACACCCUAUCUGACCUUCCUAUUGGUUGUGAGUUGAUGACAUCACAACAGGUCAGUACUCCUGAUCGGAUAUCAGCCACGCCCACACGUCAGUUACGUCCGGAUGCCAGGCUUCGGUUUUGUUAUAAGGAAAUUGUGUUAUGUCCAUAAUUGAUCUACUCCUCUAUGAUGGGUUAAUCACACACGCAGUUGCUUCCCGUUGUUCUGGUGUCACGUGACAUGUUACGCCACUGCCGCCAUGUUGUCCUCGUUCUACCGGGAGAUCGGGGCAGUAGACGGUCGACCAAUCGGUACUGACUUUACCAACCAGCGUUAUUUACUUUAGCUGUGUAUAAAAUAUUUCAUUGUUUGGACAUUGUAGUUGUAUGAACCUAUAUCUAAACUUUGACAUCAUAUGGUGUCCUUCGCGUCGACGCACAUCUACUUUUGACGUAGUUUUGUCCUCAUUAAAGACGUUCAUUCCA